UAUAUACACAAACAUAAUAAUAAAGAAAGAGAGAAUAAUACUUCGCCGGUCAGUACUCUUCACAACAUGCCCAGAUCUCACUUCUCCAUUCUCUCCACAUUCAUCCCUUAAAUAUUAUUUCCAUAUAUACCCCCAAACUUUUUCUUAUUUAUUCAAUUCACCAUUUAUCCGAUCGAUUUCUGCAAAUUAAUCCCUGAAAAAAAAUGGCGACGCUUCAGAAAUUCAAGCUCCUGGCAACCCAGUGCGCGGUCGCCGCUGGAAGCCCAACCAGGAGUCCCACGACGAGCCCUGUCGUCCACCUCCGCCGCCGUAAAACCCUCCGAAUGCUCCUCCGCGGCGGCGGCGGCGGAGGCGGCGGCGGCGGCGGGGGGAGAAGGUUUUCUAACCGCUGCGAAGACGGCUCGCCCGAUCGGAGGCGGAGCGGCGGAGAAGAUAGCUCGCCGGAGAAGGGGAAGGUGCUGUCGGCGAGGCACAAGCUGAAGGAUUUGUUUGUGUCGUCGCCGCCGGCGUUCGGGGAGAGGCAUUCGGAGAAUGUGAGGGAGGAGUUGCUGCCGUCGGGCGGCGAGAACGGCGGCGUGAGGAGAGGUGGGACCCGCUCGCUGCGGCCGCUGUCGGCGACGGUUCGUCAGCGGUUGUUGAGGAGAGCGUGGCGGCCGGUGCUCGUCGGCAUACCCGAGUAACAUUUUUCAGAAAAAAAAAAUGUACUGAAUUUUUGGUAUUUGAGAAAUUGGGGUUCUUUUUUUUUUCA